AUCGAAGCGUCCCUUCUUGAAUUACCGGAAGUUCGUGAGCUUACCGCCGAUACUGGCUGGCGAGCAAGCAGGCCUCACCGCAACUUCCCCCCCGACAAGGCGAUUCACAGUCUUACAGCUGGUGCUUUACGUGGGCCGGGAAAAUUCGCUGUCCACCCACUUGUCUUUGUCAAACACGAUGACUCUGAAGCAGUCAUUUUUGUUCACCUUGGUCGCUCUUUAUGUGGACACGAUGGUAUCAUCCACGGAGGGCUUUGUGCCACAAUCCUCGAUGAAGCCUUGGGUAGAAUCGCACUGCAAAACCUACCUUCCAAAUUAGGUGUGACAGCCUCACUAUCACUCAGUUACAGGUCUCCAACCUUUGCCGACCAGUUCGUGGUCAUACGGACUCGUCUCAGUCGCGAUCCUGCGAAACGCCCAGCUGGUAGAAAGGUCUGGGUGGAGGGUAGACUUGAAACCCUGAAAGGGCACGUUCUGGUUGAAGCUGAAGCGCUGUUUGUUGAACCCCGAGCCGCUGCUUUACUAAAG